UCCAUGGAUGUCUUCGCUCGCUGCCCGUUCUGUACCAUCUGCCGCUCCCACUCCGAUACACGCUGCACUCGGGCUGUUGACGUGCCCAUGCUGCCCCCGGCUUCCUCGUCACGCUCCUAGUGCUGUCGCAUGCCCUCUUCGUGGUAAGGCUCGGCCUGCUCAACCUCUCGAUUGCGCUGCUCCGCAUCCCGCUUGCGCUUCUCCGCCUCCUCCUCGUAGCGCCUCUCCGCCUCCUCCUGCAUCAACUCGCACUUCUUGGCCCGCUGCUCACUCGCGUGACAGCGCGUGCAAAACGUCCAUCCGGCUCGGGGCUCGUCUUUGACCUCGUAAAACAGGCACUCCGAGCACGCAGGACGAACAGGCAUGUGGUCGGUGAGGGCCUCGAAAGACGGGCACAUGACGCCAUCAUCUAACCAUGUGGCUUUACUGUUCAUGGCCAGGUUGGAGCAUCCGGUGUUGACGACAUUGGCGCACGGCUUGAUGGAGCGGCGCCGUGUGCACAUUCUCGCUGUUGAUGCGCCUGUGGUCCGCACGUGAUGAAAGAUGUUGAGAGGAUGUUGUGGGUGUCCGGAGAGGCUGCUUGGUUGAAGAUGAUGGAUGAAAAUGGUCGGCGGCUGAAGAGGUCUCGCACGUCUGAAGAGAGUACACGUCUGGAGAAGACGUGUGUUG